CAAAACGGAAGUGGACGAUUGUGUAUUGCCAUUACGUCACGGUUACCUUUCCUUGUCACUUCCUGUCGCAGUUCUGUCACCUGCAAGCGAGACAACCUGGAUGCACCCGUGUCUAUUGUUAUCCAGAUGAUUUGAUUGGAUAAUUAUCUAUACAGUCUGGACAAGAAUGACCACCUUGUUAUCUUAAGUAAAGAUUUGUCAGUCCGGGAUUAACCUACCGUGUAAUUGUUGCAGUCAACACACUAGUUUGUAUUGUGUGGGAUAUAUAAAACGAAGGAAUUUUCAGAUGUACAAACACGCCUGAGUGAGACUGGAUUAAGCUGUCCUGUUGGAGUUGUGUAUAUGUGACAAGUUAAGAAGAAUACUCAUUUCUCUUUGAUAAUGAUGCCGGAUCUGCAUUAACAACACAGUCACUAGAAUAUACGACUCAAAAAGUAUCCCCUCAACAUCCGCUGUCUAAGGGUGAUAUGAUAUUUGUGCUUGGCAUAGCCUUUAUAUUAUAAUUGGUUUGUCUGAGGAGGAGCAGCACAAAGGAAGAUCAUGACGUCGUCAACAUCAUCUAUUGAUGACUUAUUAGAUUUAGACUUUGGCACACCUGUAGCUGCUGAUGCUGGUGAUAAUGAUCAAAGGUCACCAGGUGCAAUAGAGGUGGUAGGCCGGUCUGAACCAUCACAUACAUCAAAUACUCUCUUGUUGGAUUUUGGUGCCUCAACAACAGAAUCGAGUACUGACGAUAACCUACAAAGCACAAAGGAUGGAGAUUUCUGUCUGUUCGCGAUGGAUGACGUCACUGGUCAAGGAUUUAAUACACUGACCACUGACAAAUCAGCCAUAACGCCUACGUCUCCUUGGCAGCCGCUGGACGUUUUACCUGGUCAGGUAGACCUGACACCGUCGCGACAGAGUAAAUCCAGCGUGGGUUCCCUCAACGACGAGGAUGCUCUUCUGUUUGAUCCCCUUGCUCCCAUGUCACCAUUCGAGCCUACACAGGAGACAUCCGAUAGCGAGCCAACACUGAAGAAGUGGACAGUGACCUCUGGACCAGAUUCGGACACUGUCCAGCCUGUCGGGCGACCUGACCUUCUUGACUUUGCCAAGGACACUCGGACAUCGAAAAAGGAAGACGACAUGGCAGAUCCGAAAAGAGGCAAAAUGAACAGGACAAUGGAGCGGAGUUUCGAAGACUUGCUGGCAGGUUUGGAAGAGGAUGACCUUGACCCUGACCUUGAUGAUAUCUUGACCACGGGGUCACUUAGUCCACAGAUCACGGAUGCAUCUUUUAACGCUAUGGCAGCUCAGAGCAAAAAAUCCUACACCCAGUUUGAGGAUAGGUUGGGCCGAACAAAAGAUAAGGAAGAUGAUUUGAAGGAAGAUGAUUCCAAGGAAUCUGAGCCCCCACAGAAACUGGAGGACCAGAAGACCAUUGAUGAGAUAUUUGGGGAGGUAGAGGAGUCCAGGGCUUCAGUCACUGACCUUUUGACCUCUGACGAAGAGGAACCACCACUGGACGUUGAGGGAGUUUUAGACGAAGAACCUGAAGCAAAUGUUGAGGUGAUGGUGACUGAUCAUGAUGAACCAGAUGCUGAAACACGUGAUGUAGAUGAGAAAGAGGCUGUUCUAUCCGACAUGGAUGACAGCACAGCAGAGAACGGCCAGCUAAAGAGAGAAGCUAGUCUGGACUUCAAUGAUGUUGGGGAUACGUCACAUUUGGAUGUGAAUAUUGGAAAGCAGAAGACGUCACUGAGAAAGAAAGGUUCACUGGCGCGACGGCGCAAGCCAACACGUACCAAUGUGAGAAACAUCCUCAGCUCCUCGGAGGAUAGUCACUUUCAGGACACAACUGAGGCCAAAGAAUCAUCAUCAAAGGAAAUAAACGGUUUUGGUGACGAAGAGGUUUUUGACAAGUCUGGCUCACCAGAUCCAACUUCACCGCCAGCGAAAAAAUCCAGUCAUUUGAUGAUGCCUCUUCCAGGUUUGGGACAGCCCAUGUUGCCAAGGAAAACUCCACAACCCAGAGCAUCUCCAGAUGAAGAAAUGACCCCUGUGGAGCGAAAGAGAGACCCCAAAGCUAUGGGGGUCAAAUUACCCAUGCCACAACUCAGGCCAACAAGGACACCUGACAACCAAGAUCAGGAAAAGGCGGUGUCUCCAGAAUUUGAAAAACCCGCUCUCCGAAAAGUAACAACACCUCAAGAAACAGAAAAUGUUGUUGAGAAAAAUGACACGUUUGAAGUUCCAACACUGAAAGCUGUGGCACCAGAAAAGCCUGCCAGACAAUCUGAGAAAGUUGAUGAAACUGAAAAACUUUUCUCCAAACCGCCACUAAAAAGUGUUCCUAAAAUGGAGGUGGACACAACUCCUGUCUCUGUUUCCAAGGAGACCCCAUACAAUAUACCACUUAGGAGAGUGGACUCUAAUCGUGAGAAGUCACCUGUAAAACCAGCGAAGGAAAGUGAAAAUAUUUUCGAUACUCCUUCAUUAAAGAGGGUACAAAGAGAUGAUGAUGCUGAUAGAUCCAAAAUAUCGCCAGAAAACGAGGGAAAAUUUGAAGUUCCUGCACUAAAAACAGUUGCAAGUGAUUUAAAACGAUCAGAAAGUCAAGAAAUUGAGUCAGAAAAAACUUUUAAUAAACCUGCACUCCGAAAUACUCCCAAAGUCAAAGCCGAGCCUCCAACUAGUGCUGAAGCUAAGGGUAAAUUUGACUUACCAUCGCUGAAAAGGACUCCUAAAGUCCCUCGAAGUGAUAGCUCGGAGUUAAACAGUGGAGGGGCCUUUGAUGUCCCGAACUUAAAGAAUAAUCGACCAGUAAAAACACAAUUAGAAUUCGAUGAUGUUGCCAAAGGGCCAUCAGAAAACAAACAUACAUUUGAUGUUCCUCAACUAAAGAAUACUCCAAAGUCAGAUAUAGAGGGAAGUAAAGAAGCUGCUGCCAAGGACUCUAAAGAAGAACCGUCAUGGAUGAAGGAUAUGAAGUUGAGAAAGACAUCUACAAAGUCCGAGGAGAGUUUGGAUCAGAUGAAGGAGAAGGAAACACCUGUUUGGAUGAAAACAGCUGCAGAGAAACGAGAAAAAGCUGCAGAAAUCCUCAACACCAAAGAAAACCAAAGCAAGACACCUGGGGAUGGAAAACCCCAAUGGACAGAUAUGUCUCGCCUACGUAAGACGCCCAACGGUCUCCCUCUCCAGGAAUCUACAGAGAGCAGUGAAAACUCACUGAACGGAAAGCCUAGCCAGGAGCGUAUCCGACUGGCAUCUACUGGAUCAAAGGAUGGGGACAGCUCUAGCUCUAGCUCCAGCAGGGAGCGCACACCUGUAUCAGGUGGUACCAGGGACCAGUAUGUACCUAGCUGGCUGAAGACGAAGGACAACCGCCAUCAAUCCACACCAAACCUCAAUGUUAUAUCACCACCGUCUGCUGACACGACCUCCAUUCCACAGUGGAAGAAGGACCUGGCAGAGAGGAGGAAGUUACGCAAAGAAAACAGUGUUGACACUCCGCUUAAAGUAAAAACACAAUUAGAAUUUGAUGAUGUUGCCAAAGGGCCAUCAGAAAACAAACAUACAUUUGAUGUUCCUCAACUAAAGAAUACUCCAAAGUCAGAUAUAGAGGGAAGUAAAGAAGCUGCUGCCAAGGACUCUAAAGAAGAACCGUCAUGGAUGAAGGAUAUGAAGUUGAGAAAGACAUCUACAAAGUCCGAGGAGAGUUUGGAUCAGAUGAAGGAGAAGGAAACACCUGUUUGGAUGAAAACAGCUGCAGAGAAACGAGAAAAAGCUGCAGAAAUCCUCAACACCAAAGAAAACCAAAGCAAGACACCUGGGGAUGGAAAACCCCAAUGGACAGAUAUGUCUCGCCUACGUAAGACGCCCAACGGUCUCCCUCUCCAGGAAUCCACAGAGAGCAGUGAAAACUCACUGAACGGAAAGCCUAGCCAGGAGCGUGUCCGACUGGCAUCUACUGGAUCAAAGGAUGGGGACAGCUCUAGCUCUAGCUCCAGCAGGGAGCGCACACCUGUAUCAGGUGGUACCAGGGACCAGUAUGUACCUAGCUGGCUGAAGACGAAGGACAACCGCCAUCAAUCCACACCAAACCUCAAUGUCAUAUCACCACCGUCUGCCGACACGACCUCCAUUCCACAGUGGAAGAAGGACCUGGCAGAGAGGAGGAAGUUACGCAAAGAAAACAGUGUGGACACUCCGCUUAAAGCCAAGAGUGAUUCUACAGAUGCCGGGGCAGCUUCAUGGAAAACAGAAUUUGCUCUAAAGAAGAAAACCACACCAAUGCCAAAAACUACUGCUGAGAUCAGAACCAGUUCUUACUGAGCCAGAAUGGAAGAAACGUGCAGAUGAGAAACGACAGCGUCUAAUAAAUUCUGGGUUGUUGGAUAAAGUGAAGAAACCAGACCUAUCAUAACACCAAUGUUCUUUGGAGGAAAAAAUCAGGGAGCAUGUGCAUAUAUGGCCAACUGGAACUAGAGUGACCUCCCUUUGGGAAAUUCAUCAUAACUGCAUUGGAGUAGUAACGGUAGUGUUAUUCAAAUACAGCUCCUAUUUUGAACAUAUAAAAAUGGAUGGUCAGAACUGUGACAAUGAAACAUUAAGAUAUAUAUUUUGUGCUGUUAACAUAUCAAUGAAUCAAGUAUUAUCUACUGUAAAUAAUAUUGAAGGACUUAUUUUCCUCAAGAAUGAUCACUAUUUCAUAAAAGGCAAAACAGGAACAAUUAAUAUUUUUAUGUAAUCAAAUGUCAGCAUAAAAAAAAUAUUUAAGUAAGAAAAUGUUUAGAAAUGUUCAUAGAAGAUUUAUGGUACUAUAGUAUGUUUGGUGGCAAACAGAGCUUUAUACACACGGUGUUAAUGUACCAUAACUUGGAUAUUUCAAAGGAAUCGAACAUUUAUUCAAUUAGCUCCCCCAAAGGUGUUGUCACAAAGAAGAGUUAAUUUUAGUGUUCCACAAGGAGAUAUUACACUGCACUUCCAACAUUUAAUGAUUUGUUGAUGAAUGCAGUUUAUUUUCAUGUUAUGCGAGUUACUGAUGAGUUGAGAUAGACUCAGGAAAUGAAAAGUUGACUGUUGUUAAAAUUAAAGAUAGUUUAAAUGUGAAUUGGAAUGUCAAUAUUGAAAUGCUAAAUUUAAUAUCUUUCAAGUUGAUAUAAAAGCUACAUAUUACUUAGAAGAAAAAAAAUCAUGUCCAUGCAGUAGCUCAAGUGAUCGAUUUCAACACUAGAAAUGAAUAUUUGAUUACGAUAGUACGUUAUUUUAGCAAACAAGGAUCCUGUAAAUCAGUACAAAUGAUUUCUUAAGACAUAUUUGUGAUCAACUUUGCACAUAUAUUUUGGCAUAAGGGGUCAAAGUUCAAGGUCACCAUUGAUCAGGGUUAAAUUUUUCAGUCAUGAAUAAUCAUACAGGGUCAAAGUUCAAUAGAUUAGCUGUGAUGAGAAAUGUGAGGAAUGUCGUUAAUCUUCGUUAUUUAAUGAGAGUUGAGCAUUAAUAUUCUUUUUGUAUUGAGACAUUGUCUGAUGUAGGGUUGAGAUAAAUCAUACCAGUUAUAUAUAAUUACGUCAUUUUUAAUGAAAUAAGAAUUCUUAUUUUAAAGUGUUCAUUGUUUAUUUCCUGUAAGUCUCCUUCAUUAGUGAUGGUUCCAAUGAAGGUUUUGAUUUCAAUCAACACUUGAUUUCACUUUAGAAAGGAAAUCUUUCAAGACUUUCAAGAUGAAGUCUGUGUUGACCAUUUUGAUAUUUUGGUGUGAUUUUUAUGUUUUAAGUGGAUUUGUUCUGCAUGCUACAUUCUAAAACUGUAUAACAACAUUAUAGGCAAUUCCACAAUACAAGAAAUUACUUUUGAGAUUUAUUUUCGACAUAUUUAAAGUCUUGGAUGAUAAUUUUUAUUUUUAGGCAUCAAAUUUUUCAGUGAAUUAAGCUUUUUUCUGCGCACUCUAUUCUAAAACUGUACUUAAUACAAAGCUGUAUACAGAAAUAACAAAUUAACUUUACAUAUUGUUUUACCAGACUAAUCAUAUUUGACAGACUGCUUUCCAAUUGUUACACAAACCACAGAUAUAUUGAGAGAUGUCUAUGUGUUCACAGACAUUCCUGGUAAUCCUAAUUGACAGCUUUCUUUGUUGCGUAACUCAAUUUUCGUAUUUUGUUACAAAUAUGUGGCGUAUUUUUGUUCCUUUUCCAUUAAUCUUGUUUGACAGGUGAUACUUUUUCACACUUGCAUAUCAUUUCCAGCAUAGACUUCAUUAGAUGAUAGUUUCUGUACAGUAUGUAUAUAAACUUGCCUGAAGGUCAGCUGUAUUCGAAAGGCGUUAUUUCUGUAUUUAUCCCAUAAUAAGCUCAUGCCUAGUAAUAAUCCUAUCCAUAUAUGUAUAAAUUAUGUAUAUUCCACUUCAGUAUAGAAUACUACCAAAUUACAUCUCAUUGUCCGGUAUUAAGCCCACCCCUGUCCGUUGGUCUAGCUAUAUAUAUACGUUAUCCUCCUAGACUUAUUGCGGGAUCAAUAUGGUUAAUGUAACAAAAACGUUCAUGGAUUUGAUCCUUGUUUAACAAUCCUGUUAAAACUUACUUUGUGAUCAGUAUUUUGUAAUUUUAUUAAUGUCAUCAAUGAAAAUUUUAUCUUAUAUACAAGUCAAUGUUUAUAAUGUUCUAUUAAGUGUGAGCUCAAUUUUUGAUUAAACAUUCCAAGUGUUCUUUUGUAGAUUUAUAUUGCCAGAUUUGUUUUUCUGCUGGCUGUUCUCGUUAUAACAUGUAUAAUAUAAUUUUGGGGGCCAUGUUAUUUAAGAUGUACGUCUUUGAUAUGGAUAUACUUUUGAUGAAAUCUGUUCUUUUUUAUUUCAUAGGGACCAAAUCCUCCAUUAGUUACAGAAAUGUACAUAAAAUCUAAGGUACGAAAUACACUGUAAAUGUAUGAAAUAAAUUGUAGAUUUAAAAAAUA